GGACAAACGGCAAGCAAAUCUUAAGCGAAGAGGAAAAACACACAUCUAAGGUGGAAAUCGCAGGUGAAGCUUCUGAGUAAGAGCCGACGAGGCAGGCCCCAACAAUACACUGCGACUGGGUCCAACCGUUUCCAGGAAUGAACACGACAUAAACUCCAGAACUAAAAAAACCAUCUCGUAAUUUGAUUCAAAUAGUUAUUUUAUAAUCGGAAUAUCUAGGUCGGGAACCGUUCUGAGAUCCGAUGGUGAAGGAGACAGAAUACUACGAUGUUUUGGGUGUGAACCCCACGGCCACCGAGGCCCAGAUAAAAAAAGCUUAUUAUAUCAAGGCUAGACAGGUUCAUCCAGAUAAAAAUCCGAAUGAUCCUUUGGCAGCACAAAAUUUUCAGAUUUUAGGAGAGGCUUACCAAGUAUUGAGUGAUUCAUCCCAAAGGCAAGCUUAUGAUGCCCAUGGGAAGUCGGGAAUUUCAACGGAAGCAAUUAUUGAUCCUGCAGCAAUUUUUGCAAUGCUUUUUGGAAGUGAGCUUUUUGAGGACUACAUUGGCCAGCUUGCCAUGGCAUCGAUGGCUUCACUUGAUAUUUUUACAGAAGAAGAGUUUGAUGCUAAGAAGUUGCAAGAGAAAAUGAGGAUUGUUCAAAAGGAAAGGGAAGAGAAGCUUGCUAGUAUACUAAAAGAUCGGUUAAACCUGUAUGUCCAAGGGCAUAAAGAGGAAUUUAUUCGUAAUGCCGAAGCCGAAGUAUCAAGGCUCUCCAGUGCUGCUUAUGGCAUUGAUAUGCUGAAUACCAUUGGCUAUAUAUAUGUAAGGCAGGCAGCAAAAGAGCUUGGAAAGAAGGUGAUGUAUCUGGGUGUGCCAUUUGUUGCUGAGUGGUUCAGGAACAAAGGACACUUUAUCAAAUCCCAAGUAACUGCUGCAACAGGUGCUUUGGCUUUGAUCCAGCUACAAGAAGACAUGAAACGACACCUUAGUGAAGAGGGAAAUUACACUGAGGACGAACUCCAAAAAUACAUGGAAUCAAACAAGAAGUUGAUGACCGAUUCCCUCUGGAAGCUUAAUGUGGCUGAUAUUGAAGCUACGCUGUGCCGUGUUUGUCAGAUGGUUCUUCAAGAAAACAAUGUGAAGAGAGAGGACCUUCGUAUGCGAGCAAAGGGUUUAAAAACCCUGGGCAAAGUUUUCCAGAAGACGAAGUCAGUGAAUGGGAAUGAGACUGAAAAUAUACUAAAUGGAAGUGAACCAAGUAGCAAUGCUCCUCCUUUUAAUACAUCAGCAAGAUCACCAAUAGAUGAAGAGGUAUCUCACAACGCAAUAGCAUCCCAGAGCCCAUACGUGGAGGCUCCACAAUUUGCUGGAACUCAAUUCAACUUCCCAAUGCCAGCUGCGCCGCCUGGUGCUCAGAGACAUACAUAAACAUCUAGAGUUUGACAUUUUUUGUAGAGUUUGAACAGUAUAGCAUGCUGUUUGUAUUUUUCCUGUCAAAUGAUGAAGUUAGUGUGUAUUAUUUCUUGAAUGUGCUUGUGUCAUAUUGUACAUGCCAUUUAGAAAUUCCAUGUUGGUGCUGCUGCUGUUCAAGCCUUUGAUCAAUCGUUGGACUAAUGCUUUAUUGACAGUGAUCCCAUUUUCUUGAGUUGCA